CUGGUUGAAAUGGCAAGAAACUGUUGUUUCUUUGUGAAAUUGUCUAAUUUCUGUGUUGUGUGCAUUGAUUCUUGGCGAAGUGACUGAGAAGUUUGUCCAAUAUACUAAAAUAUGUAUAUAGAUAGCUUAAUCAGAUAAAUUGCUAUAGAUUUCUACACAGCAUAUUCUUUGCCACAGUGAAAUAUGCAAGAUACGGGCAGACUUUUAACAAAGAAUUGAAUAUCACUAACUAUAAUAAUAAUCUGGAGACAAGAACAUUCAAACUGAAAGUAAUUUCUACUUCAGUGUGCACUGUACAAAAAAGAAUUAGAAAGAUGCUUCCUCAAAUUAUUAAUUCUAGUAUAACAUUUUCAAAUAAUAUGUAGUGAACUUUAACUAGUAAGACUAAAUUCCAAUGUAAGUAGUUCACUUGGGCUAUCUGUUGCAUAGGUGCAAUACAAAAAUCACAACUGUGUAGCAGAGGAAAGAACAAAACACAGUCUGCCCAUGUAGCAUUUCUGGGCAUUUGAGGUUGGAUGCAAUGUUUUCACUGAAUAUUCAUUUCAGCUGUUUAUAGGCCAGCCUGAUUGGGAAGGAGGAGCUACAGCCAAAUAUUUCUUUUCACUGUCUCAAAGUCUAGUCUUGUACUGUAGUCAGCUGAUUGCUGCUCUUUAUGGGGUAUGUGACUGAUCACAUCCAGACACAAAGCAUGGAAUAAAAGUUUGGCCAACAAGAUGUCCAGUGUAAAAGGGAAAUUUUUGGUAUUUAGUGGAUUUAUCCUCAUCAAUCUUGAAAUGAUUGUUUCAGCUAACACAGGUUUCUCUGUAUCCAUAUAUAAUGUGACAUCAAGAAACAUUUAUCUCAGAUGGUCCAAGUUUUCAGGAGCCUUUUCCUACAGAAUCAUAGCGACCCCCGUCAACACAGUAGGCCACUCUUUGUUGGCAAAUUUCAAUGAUGUUCCUGUUGUCGGUAUUCUUACUUCACUAACUCCCAACACAGUUCACAAUGUAAAAGUGGAAGCCAUUGAUAAGAAUGGAAUUAUCCUGGCGGAAGCACAGACUAUGCAAUUAACAGCACCUGAGAUACCUGUUAUAGAUCAAGCUUAUUCAAAAUUGAGCAACAGUAUCACAGUGGAAUGGGCAGCUGUUCCUGGGGCUACUAGUUAUCUACUGACGGCACAGGAUGGAGAAUCUUUAAUUGAAAAUACAGUCAUAAAUUCACCAGGUACAGUGACAGGACUGAAGGCUGCUACACUGUAUAAAAUUACCAUCAGAUCUAUCAACUCUGGAGGAAGAAGCCUGCCUUCACCUUCAAAGAAAGCAAAGACAGUCUUGGCUGCACCAGUCCUGUCUGUAAGUUCUCCAAGUUACGACUCCAUAGUGGUGAGGUGGGAAGCUGUAAAUAUGGCAGUUGGAUUCUCUGUGUCCAUCAUGAGAUCAGAUGGUUUAGGCAGCAUGAUGAAAGAGAACACCACCCAAACCUCCUUGGUGUUUACCAGUCUAGAUCCAGGAACUCUUUAUACCAUCAAGGCACAUGCCUGGAAUGUUAAUGGAAUACCAGGAGAUGAUUUUACAUACAACCAAAUAACAAGUCCUCAUGCACCAUCAGAUAUUCAAGUUGCUUUUGAUAGUGGAGCUUUGAGAGCCACUGUUUCUUGGAUGCCGACAGAGGGGACUUUAAAUUACAGUGUGACAGCCAGUUGUGAAGCCUCCAAUCUGAACUGUAGCACAUCUUCCACUUCCUGCACUUUGGCUUCACUCCAUUGUGGAUCUGAGUACUCUGUUUAUGUUGUAGCAAAUAAUGGUGCGGGAUCCAGUAAACCUACAGACGCAGUGAGUUUAAGAACUGUCCCUUGUGCACCAGGAAGUAUAACAAUCAAAGAGGACAGUCCUGGUGAUUUGUCAGUGUCAUGGUCUAAUGUAGAUCUUGGAGAUUAUUAUGUGGUUUUUGUGAAAAGUGAUGAUGGCUUGGAAGUACACUGCAACACAUCACAUACCCAGUGCCAGUUCCAAUCAGACUGUGGUUUCACCUACUUCAUUAGUGUCUUUGCAUAUAACAAGGCAGGACAAAGUCCUUUAGGGGAUGUAUUCAAUUAUACUACUGCACCUUGUUGCCCCAGCGACUUUUACCCAGUGUUUGUAUCCAGUAAUACAGUUGAGAUUGUCUGGUCUCCUGUCCGUGGUGCUGAAAUGUAUGAAACAAAAGCUGUUGAUGGGAUUGGUAUAGUACUGUGUAAUGACACUGCCACAAUUUGCAUCCUGUCUGCAUUGCAUUGUAACACACAAUAUAACAUCACUGUGUAUUCUUUCAAUGAAAUCAGAGGCAGCAAUACAUCAUGCAGUUCCAAAUAUGUGGCAACAGCUCCGUGCAGUCCUGAAAUAAAAAACAUCUCAAAGGAUGAUCUUUCCAUAAUUAGUGUGCACUGGCAAGCCAAUAAUGAUGAAGCUAUGUACACUGUUACUGCUAGAGGAGAAACUGGAUUAUGGCAUUGCACAAACUCUGGAAAUUCUUGUAGCAUAACUGAUCUUCCCUGUGGAUCAGUAUUCUCUAUUAGUGCUGUGGCAAGUACAACAGCAGGGCAGAGCUUACCUAGUUCUAGUGUCCCUUUAGAGACAGCUCCUUGCUGCCCUACUAACAUGACAGUAACUCAAGUCAUGCAGUCCAUAAUAAAUAUCAGCUGGUCUGUUGGGGCUGGUGCACAGACAUAUGUAACAACACUGGAAUCGCCAAAAGGACAGAUCAAAUGCCACACUCUCCAAAACCACUGUCUCCUGGGAUGCAUUACAUGUGCUACCAACUAUACCGUGUCACUGCAAGUGAUUAGUGAAAGUGGUUUGACCUCAGACUGCACAUAUCAAGACUACUCUUCCAGUGCCUGCUGCCCUUCUGGGGUGAAAUUAUAUAGAUUGGGUAAUAAUGGCAUCCGCAUACACUGGAGAGCUUCUGCAAGGUCGAUAAAGUAUAGUACAGAUUUAUAUGGGUCAAAAGGCAACUUCACCUGUACCCCCAUUUCAGGUUUGAGUUACUGUGAUGUCACUGAAAUACCGUGUGGGGAUGUCUAUACGGUAGUAGUUUCUCCAGUUCCUGAGAGAGGAUCAAAGCUUACGUUUUGCCCUAAAAAAAUAUAUUCAGUGACCUGCUCUGGAAGUUCUGUUGGAAUGGUUAUCUAUGGAGGAAAGUGAAGACUAACAUUUGUCUGGAUGGAAUCACUGGUUCAGACAGGCAGGUAAGAAAAAGUCAAGUGUUACUUAAAUUACAAAUGUAAUUAGGACAUACUAAAUUAAUUGAAGUGUUUUUAACUUAUGAAUCCUUAGGACCCUCCGGAUAAUAUAAUGUUUUUUUACUAAACUGCGUUGACAUCCUGAGGAUCAGUAUACUCAGCAGGGGAACCUUGUAUUAUGUCCAACCCCACAACCAAUGCCAUCUGUCCUCGGCUGCAUAAUUCUGUUUUUCCCUCUUAAAAAAAAAGAAAAAAAAAGACAUUCCCUGCCAUGUUAGCCCUUUCCUAAUACCAUGCUGCAUUCAUUGAGAGCCCCCAUAACUUCAAGCAAGUGAGACGUGGGAUCCCAAACUCACCUGCUUACCGUCUCUGCUGAAUUGAUUCAGGUAUCCCCACUGCUUAGUAUCACUCACUCUGCUACAUUCAAUCUAACGGUAACAGAAUCACUUUAGGUAGCAGUCCUGACUAGUCUGGCUUGCCAGUGGACACAAAUCCUCGAUUCCCACACAACUCCCCUUGUCAGACUUCAACUGCUAGAUAUGGAGCUGAACCAGACCCUCACAUGUGAGCAGCCCCAAUUUUUGGGGAAAUUUAGCAUGCAAACAUCUCUCCUACUGGAUAUGUGUUCAUUAGAAACAUGCACAGAACAAUCUUGCUGAUCUUGGCUCAUAAAUCUGGAAUGCACUCAGUGAGAGCCCUGUAAGGGGGCUAAGUGUGGGUUGCUAAGGUUAAGCUGAGUAGUAAUGUGUGUGAUAAGAGUUCUGGAAAUAGUUUGUCAAUUAACUAUUGUAAAAAUAAAAAAGUGUUAAUUUUUAACUUUUUGGAUUUAAAUAUUUGGUAGCAGUUUAGUCCCACAAAAUACAUUUUAACCACCUCCCUCAUGCCCUCCAGAGAGUUUGAGGCAUAAUAUUAAAAUGUUUGAUUUGAACAAUUAAAAUGAAACUAGAAGUCCAUCCACUGUACCAGGAGGAGCAUGCUAGACAGGCAGGUACUCAGAGACUGAAGCCUGUAUCUACUCUACUAUUUCCUUAGAUCGCAUAUCUGGACACAGUUCCUCUGGGCUGUAUUCACUGGCUCCCUUUGAGCAUCAGUGAGUGCUGUCUGAGGUUCUCUGCUUAAUAUUCCACACCAGAUAUCUGCUUUUGAACCUGUAACCUUUACUCCUGCCCAUUUUAUGUUAUCCCCCAACAUUGCUUGAGCCAUAGUUUCAGUGGGUCCUCCCUUUAGACUAGGACAGAGGACUUGAGAUGUAGACAGGUUUGUGCUGGCUCCUCCCAGAAACUCAACAAGUACCAUAGACUGAGUCAGCCAUGAUCACUAAACUACCUCUCUUCUCAAUAGGAAGUUCAUAAUAUGCAGGCAGUGGAUUAUGCCAACAAUACAUACAGUCUGUGCUCUAUAAAAUUUGAGGCUCUGGACCCCUGAAAACUUCUCUAUAGGUUAGGAAGAGAUGACAGUUUUCUCACCUCUUCCACAUGUACGGUAAAUUGAGAUGGGUGCAUUGUACCUGUUCUUAUAGAUGUAGAAAAACUUAAUGAGUGCACUUCUCCCAGUGAAGGCCAACUGUGUUAAGCAUGCAUUUGCAUUCACUAGUUGCUCCCAGACUUUUAAACUAGAUUUAUCUUCCACUUGAAAAAUAAAAAGCAGGCUGCAACCACUUUUGAAAACUAAAUUGGGCCUUCGGGAGUACAAAAACCAAUCAUCCCAUAGUUUAAGGCCUAGCUCUUUUAACAUGCAUGUCUUUUAUAUCCUAGACUAGUCCUCACGAGCAGCUGUCUCU